ACUACCUUUUAAAAGAAUGUUUGAAAGUAAUAUCUAAGGGAAACCUAUAUUUUCCUCAGAAUGAGAGGGUAAUUCUGGCACAAAUGCAGGAUUAUGAGACAAUGAUGGAAAUUUCUAAAUACCACAAGAGAGAGAAGGAACUUGCGUGGGAGAAAGUUAUUGUGCUGCAAAGAGAGCUUGAUCGGAAGCAAGGGUUGGAGAUGGAGAUAGAGACCUUAAAACAUGACAUCAAAGUGAUAAGACAGAUGAACAAGAAAAGGGAUUUAGCAGCUAUAAUCAAUUUCACAUCAAUUAAAGAAGAGCUGAAAGAUAAGCAAGAAGAACUUAAUUACUUUAAAAACAUAAAUAAUGAAUUUAUUAUAAAGCAAUGGCGUGACAAUGAUCAGUUGCAGAAGGCUCGGAAAGCGUUGAUCAAUAAUAGGAGGGCAAUUCUGGCACAAAAGAAGGCUUAUGAGACAAUGGUGGAAACUGCUAAAAACCACAAGAGAGAGAAGGAACUUGCAUUGGAGAAAGUUAUUGUGCUGCAAAGAGAGCUUGAUGGGAAGCAAGGAUUGGAGAUGGAGAUAGAGACCUUAAAACAUGACAUCAAAGUGAUGAGACAGAUGAAUGAGGAAAGGGAUUUAGCAGAUAAAAUCAAAUUGACAUCAAUUGAAGAAGAGCUGAAAGAUAAGCAAGAAGAACUUGAUUACUUUAAAAACAUAAAUAAUGAAUUUAUUAUAAAGCAACGGUGUGACAAUGAUCAGUUGCAGGAUGCUCGGAAAGCGUUGAUCAAUGGCUUGAAGGAUGCCCGUACCAAUAUUUGUGUGAAGAGAAUGGGAGAACUUGAUGCGAAGCCAUUUAUCCAUGCUGCAAAGCAAAAAUAUUCAAAAGAAGAAGCACCGGGAAAAGCUUUAGAACUGUGCUCCCUGUGGGAAGAUCACCUAAGGGAUCCACACUGGCAUCCAUUUAAGGUUGUCAAGAAUGGAGAACAACAUGUGGGGGUGAUUGAUGAAGAAGAUGAAAAACUGGUGGGUUUGAAGAAGGAGUAUGGUGAUGAAGUGUAUGUAUCUGUGACCACUGCAUUGAUGGAGUUGAACGAGUACAACUCCAGUGGCAGGUAUCCAGUGCCAGAGCUGUGGAAUACUAAGAUGAAAAGAAAAGCAGAACUGAAGGAGGGAAUAGAGCAAGUAUUAAAACGAUCGAGGAGGCUUAAGAAUUGAUUAAUAGAAAGAGGCAGCACUUACAGAUAAGUACUUAUCUCCCUUUGCGUUUAAAUUUUGGGUAUGCAUGAAGUAUGCGGGUUUAGUAGUAAUCUUUCAAGCCUUUUGUAGUUUUAGUAGUAAUCAGCAGGGCAGUGUCAUGAUGAUAUUGAUCUGUGAUAAUUGAUGAACAAGAUAUGGAGUGAUGUUAAGAUUUUUGGUGUUGUGUGUUAUGGAAUAUAUAAGUAAUAUGGAAUCUACAUAUAUUAGGCAGCCUGGAAUUUUGAGCAAGUAGUCAUAAGGAAACAUUCCUUGUUUCCUUAUUAGAAGUUUUCUAGCAUGUAUUUAUACGGUCGUGUAUUCCCCUGUCUAACAUAGAUUUAUAACCUUCUAUUCACUUUCGUACAGUAUAUUUUAUCAUUCUUUGA